AUGGCACUUGCUGCUCCUCCGCUCAAUGAUCGCAAGCGCGUCAAGGUCUACGAGCUCAAGAACAAUGACUGGUACGACCGCGGUACUGGCUUUUGCGCCGGUCAGCUCUUGGCCAACGAUGAAGCGCGCAUCUUCGUCCAGUCCGAAGACGACGCCCAGCGCAUGCUACUCGAAACGAGAAUUUCGCGCGACGAUGGUUAUCAGAGACAACAGGAUAUCCAGCAGCGCAUGCUCGCAAUGCACCCAAACGAAUACGACGGUCUUUCGGACGAGCUCGUCGAUGGCCAGGGUUUGUUGCUGCCUAUGCCCGAACUAGCCAAUCUGCACCAGGUACAAGAGACAAUGCGCGCAGCAAGCCAGACAACACACGGUCGUGAUGCACUGGUCAAAUUCAUCAUGGCUCCCGAGACACAAUACCUUUCCAAGUUGUUACCCCUGGUAGAGCUCGCCGAACACGUCGAGGAUAUCCAAGCCCUACAUCGCCUGUGUACCAUCAUGAAGACGCUCAUCCUACUCAACGACACAUCCAUCAUAGAGCUGACUGUCUCGGAUCAUGCCAUCCUGGGCGUUGUUGGUGCGCUCGAGUACGAUCCAGACUUCCCCAGUCACAAGGCCAACCACCGACACUACCUGGCCGACGAAUCUCGUUUCAAGGAAGUCGUCGCUAUUGAUAAUCCAGUCGUCAAGAACAAAAUCCAUGCCACAUAUCGCCUGCAAUAUCUCAAGGAUGUGGUACUAGCCCGCAUCCUCGACGAUCCCACCUUCACCGUCCUCAACUCUCUCAUCUUUUACAACCAGGUCGACAUUGUUAACCACAUUCAGUCUAGCAAGGAUUUCAUUCAGGAGCUCUUCUCCAUCUUCACAACCCCUGACUCGGACGACCAACGUAAGAAGGAUGCCGUCCACUUCAUCCAGACAUGCUGCUCCGUCGCCAAAAGUAUCCAGGCACAGUCGCGUGCUCACCUUUUCCAGAAUUUCAUUCACGGUGGUCUUCUCGAUGUCGUCACAUAUGCUUUGCGCCACCGCCAUGCCUCUGUACGUGUCGCUGGUACCGAUAUUCUCGUCGCGCUGAUCGAUCACGAUCCGGUUAUGAUGCGCUCACACAUCUUCCGCUCCAUCAAUCAAAAGACCAAACCAUUGACAGAUACGCUAAUCGAGCUGUUACUUGUCGAGGUCGACCUGGGCGUCAAGGCUCAGAUGGCAGAUGCGAUCAAGGUUCUCUUGGACCCUCAUGCCAGCUCGACUUCCAUGGAUAUGCUAGGCAGGACUAAUGGAGAUUUUAUGGCCAAGAUGAGGGGUGCAAAUCCCAAUUCUAGCGCUCAAAUGGAGAGCUUCGUGGACAAUUUCUAUAACGAUGGUGCCAAGCGGCUGUUCCAACCCCUGAAGGACCUCGAGCACAGCCAAAAUCCGGCUCUCAAGUGGUUCCGAACAUGUGUUGCCCUUAAUGAUGAACAUCACAAUAAAGAUAUGAUCACCAAAGGAGUCUUUGACCCAAUCCUCGAUAUCGUCUAUCAGACAAUGCCUCGAGACAACCUUCUCAAUUCGGCCUGUCUCGAGCUAUUCGAGUUCAUUAAACGCGAGAAUCUCAAGCAACUAGUCAUACCGCUCGUCGAAGGCUACCGGGAAAAGCUGCUUGGUAUCACCUAUGUCAACACAUUUGGGGCUCUCGUGAUGAAGUACGAGCAGAUUCAAAGUGGCUUCAACCCUGAUGAGAGUAGCUUCUCAACUCAGGGGCUCAAGGACGCUGAUGCGGAAGAAGAAGCUUAUUUCAAUGCCACUUCAGAUGACGACACAGAAGAUGAGGCUGCAGCUUCCUUGCCCGAGACUAUCGUGGCCAAGGCCCCCGAAGUCGGUCCUCCGAUGCGACCAUUGGUGUCUUAUCCGGAAGAUGAGGAUGAAGAUGCAAUGGAGAUGCUCGCAGCAUCACCAAAGGCCAACGUCGAGUCGACGACGCCCGACACGUUGGGUUCGCCGCUGUCAGUUGUGCCAGAAAAACGAAGAAGGGAAGAGGACGAUGAAGAUGAUUUGGAAAAGUUGGCAGGUGCGGUCCCGGCCAAACGCCGCAGCUCGGUCAGCAGCAUAGGCAGUGUCCGCACCAACCGCAAAAUGGCACAGGGCAUCCCCUACGAAGGAAAGGGAGUCUCCGCAGCAAGGACGAUAGCUCGGGUCAACAAAAGGGAAUAA